AUGGACGAGGCAGGGGACCACGGUCCCUCGGCGGAACAAACGGACCACACCGACAAUACGCAAACAGAAAGCCCCAGUUCCUGGCAAUCAUUUCCAGCAGAACUUCGUCUCAAGAUCCUGGGGUUGAUCUCGGCCGAAAGGUACCGCGGGUGGAGUGCCCACGCGGCCGUGUGCAAAGAAUGGCAGGCAUUCAUAGAAGCAAAAAACUUCCGUCACAUAACCCUACAGUCCUUAUGCCUCCAGGAUCUCCCCCAUAUGAUUCACAAUCGGACGCACCUCGUUGAAAAAAUCUGGCUAAAUGUCCAUCUUCGCCGAUACAGCUGUCGCUGUUGCCAGGAUGAGGAUCGCACCUUUCCAGUCUGGUCAUCAGAGGCCAUGGGUUCGGAGAACAGUCUUUUAAUUAACAGGGAUAUCCUCAGACUCUUUCGGGCCCUCAGCACUUGGACUAACACUAGCAAGCUGACGUUGGAGCUGAGCGCCUGUUCUCCCAGCGACCUGGAUGCGUUUGUCCAAUACCCAAGGUAUCGUGACUAUCAGGAAAUGCCGCCGUCCUACCGCGAACCUGCAACGCCGUGGCAUAGCCCAUACCACUGCUGUGUAUAUCGCCGAAUGGACAUGGUUCCAUGCUCGCUGGGUAUUUUCCGAAUAUUCUCUGUCUACACGUUGCACAAUGUUCACCUCAUCCCACGCGUCCCAGCAGUGACGAAACUGGUGAUACGUCGCCAGUUUCGACGCCAGAUUUCGCCGCUGGCACUGCAGACCUUGUGGCAGAGACUUCCCUCAUUGGAAAGUAUCGUCUACGAGCCUUGGCGACCUGGCCAUCGAGAAUUGAAGAUUGUUCGGGAAAAGAGGUUGAUUUCUGCCCUUUCAGAGGAAUUUCCCAGUCAUAUUCGGAAACUAUCCAUCUUUGAGAACGUCAAUGACGGUCUGACGGCACAGCUGCAAGCAAGCAGAGAAUUCAUGGACCUAGCACGAUUCAACCCAGACGCAGACACAAGUUUGGUUGAGGCGUUUGCCUCACGGAGCUGCGAUCUUGAGCAUAUGUCUAUUGCGUACAUGAUUGAUGCGAAGGCGUUCUUCUCGUCCUGUCUGCCGUCUUAUACGUGGCCUAAUCUGCGCACGCUGGCACUAACAGCAGCGAUUCUGACGCAGGAAGAUGCUAAGGACCAGAUCUAUGAGUUACUACGUGACGCGAGUGUCGUCGCGCUGCGUAUGCCCCAGCUGGCACACAUGGUACUUUGGCAUGGUGUUAAGGGGGCAGCGAGUGCGGUCAUCUAUCACAAGAAGAAGCAAUGGAAGCAAGCUUCACUGACAUGGCGCAGUACUUGGGACCUUCACCUCAAUGACACCAUUGUGAGCUCCUGGCAAGAGGUUACCCCUGAUUACUGCCAACUUCAGAUAAAGAAAGAACUAGUCCAAGGCACUAUCAAGUCGUGCGGCGAUGCCAUUCACAAGCUGGGUUUAUCCCAUGGGAUUAUCCAUCCCGCGUCACUGCGGGAAAUGCGUCAUGAGGGCCAUAUGGGAUUCAAGAUUUGA